AUGUUGGUAGUUGAUCCAGGUAAAAGAGCAACCAUGGAUGAAAUCAUUUUACAUCCUUGGAUGCAACCUGUAUUCCAUUUAUUAAAUCUAUCUGGUACUUCAACUUCCCCAAUUCUAAGUAGUAUAAUCAUUCACCACAACUUUCAAUCGCAUACUUCAAUUCAACAACAACAACAACAACAUCAACAACAACAACAACAAAUCAUUCAACAACAACAGGAAUUGAUUGCAGCGGGCAGUAACAAUAAUUAUAUUGGAAAUGGAAUGAAUGGUGGAAACAUAACGAUUGAUAUGUUGGAUGCAAAUGUAAUACAAGAAUUGAUGAACCUUGGUUAUGAAAAGGAAGAGAUUUUGAAUAAUGUCAAACAAAACAAAUACAAUGAUUGUGCAGCCACCUACUUUUUGCUAUGCAGUAGAAAGAAUCGUGAAGCACAAGCCAGUAGCAGAGACAUUGAAUCAUAUGACGCAUUCUAUUCCGACCAGCCAUCCAUCAUUGCUCCAACCGGCGAUAAAAGUCCAUUAAUUAAAUAUAAAAGACAUCAUAGAAGAAGUCAAACUGCUGAUAAUUCGAAUCGUCAACAACAACAAACUCAACAAAGUCAAGGUCAACAAGGUCAACAACAACAACAACAACAAAAGAGUCAACAUUUAAAUAUUCCUCAACAACAACCAGCAAUAGUUUUAAAUCGAUCAUCCAAUGUACAAAAUAAUAAUAAUGCCAAUAAUACUAUAUCACCAAAUGAAUCACCAUUACAAUCACCAGGAUCGACAUCACCUCCAAUGGGAACAUCUCCAAAUACGAAUAUGACAACUGCCCCACAUACGAGUAGUGCGACAGUUACAGGAGACAAACCACCAAGACAACCAAGUUCCGAUACAAUCAGACCAGAACUCAAGAACCAAAUUACUAGUAUAUUGUCAUCGGCUCCAGCAACACCAAUCAAUCGUGGCAAUGGAACAAGACAAAUCAGUAGAUCUGCCAACGCAUCGGCAAGCACAUCACCAAAUAAUUCUACUCCUGGGUCACCUGUUGGUUCAUUUAUCAAACCUUCCAUUCAUAUUAAUAAUAAUAGUAAUAAUAAUACAACAAAACAAACAAUGCAAAGACGUGCAACUGCAUCGGCAACAUUAACACCUCCACAAUUGGGACAAUCGUUGAAUACUUCAGGAGGACAUGACAAUCACAGCAGUCAUAUCCACCAUAUCCACAACAGAGCGAGAAGUAAUAGUAGUAGUGUAGCAGACUCGCAACCAAAAGAGUCAAAGGUCAUUGACGAUGAUUGGGUCAUCUUUGAGGAUUACCCAGACCAACUAUACACCGAUGGUACCUAUGGUGGAACACCCAGACAUCAAUAUGUCAAACAAUACCAAACGGCCAACUCGGCAAACAGCAAAAAAAGAUCAUCGGUCCAUAAUCUAUUAUCAUCAUUUAAGAAUAUGUUAAAGAGAUCUGAAGACAAGGAAAUCACUCCUCCUUUAACCCACCAUCAACAACACGCAUAUACAACUCAUAAUACACCAAUCAUAUCAUCUGUAGAAAAUCAACUUACUAACAACAAUAAUAACAACACCGAUGAUCCCCAUUAUCAUAGUUCAAUUGAUCCAACAACCAUUUCUCCUUUCAUUACAACUCCAAUAAGUUCUUCUGAAAUUUUAGACAUUAAUAAUCAAAACCAAACAGAUAAUAAUAAUAAUAAUCCAAAUGAAUCAACCUCGACGACAACAACUGAUGAACAAAAUACUAUAUCAUCUAAUAGUCAACCAUCAACACAACCAAGAAUAGUUAGAUUUGUAUUUGGUGUACAUACCACGUCAAUGAAACCAGCACCAGAACUAAUGAAACAAGUGUUGAGUGUAGUUUCCAACUUUUGCAUUCCUCAUACCCAAAAGGGAGACUAUGCACUAGAGUGCGAAAGUGAAGGUGUACGAUUCACCAUUGAAGUUUGCCGAGUGCCAAGAUUAUCGGUCAAUGGAUUAAAGUUUAAGCGUAUUGGUGGAUCAGCUUGGAGAUACAAAGGAAUUUGUAAAGAUUUAUUAUCUCAAAUGAAAUUAACAAAUACUUGA